CGAGAUUGUGAUGCAGGAGCCGGAGCAGGAGUAGGAGCAUCCCAAAACUCUGUAAAUACUUCUCACCGCCACAUAGCUUAUAUGGGAUUACCAUAGAAAGCCGCGACCACGUGAUGAGCAAAGCGAUGCCGCCGGUGCCGUGGGGCAUGCAUAAUCGCCGGCAUGCAGGCUCCACAGCGCUCCUCCCUCAGCUUCGACCACCACACCGAGCAUCGUCGACCUCGCUGUCCACCGGGACCCGUCGACACACCAUGCAACUCGCCUCGACCGGGGCGCGCCUCGUCCAGGGGCACGCCUCGCGCCUACUCGGGCGCGGAAGCAACGCGCGUAACAUACACAUCCCGCCGCUCCGCCAGCCGCCCACUCCGCAGAACGUUGUCAACAAGACCCGCACGCUCCUCACCCGUUUCGUCGGGCAUCUCACCGCACCCGCCACUGGCGCUUUCGCUCGCCCGCCGCCAUGCAGCGGCGUCCAGAUCGGACGCGGAUUCAGCGGCGCCGCUCGGCCGCGCACCAUUCAGCAGGGCUUUUCGCUCCCCAUGCGGCAUGCUCUCCACAAGCCGAUGUACAUGCCCAGGGCGCCUACCGUUGCGGUGCCGCGCUCGGUCGCGCAGGUCGGCCUCGGCGCAGCUAGGAACUUCUCCAGCGCACGACCGAUAUUCCAGAAUUUGAUACAGAAUGUGCCGGUCGCUGGGAGGGCGAUUUGUGAGCUCGACCUUGACGAGCGUAUGCGCAUGGAGGGGAAACGCGCGAGCGUGGUUGGGAAGGAGGGGAAGGAGAACGCGAUAAGGCUCGGCAUGCUCAAGGAGGAACUGCUGAUGAAGAAGGUGGCGAAGAAGGCCGAGGUCAAUGUGGACGAUGAGAUGAAGAAGGAUUUGGAGCACUACUUUUCGGAGCAGGGCACGACGCAGAACGAUGUAGCGACCUACCUACUCAUCCCGCUCGCACCGACCCCGACGGCGCGCAUGCCGCUCCCGCAAGACGUCCCGCCAUCAUCGUCCGGUCGGUUACUGCCGCCCUCGAUCAUGAAUAUUCUCGGCGGCGUCCAUGCUGCGCAUAGCCAGUACGCCGCGAAGGUGUCGUCCCUGUUCGCUCGGCUCGACGCCGCGCAUGUCUGGGACCGCGGCGCGUCGACGCAGGUGUACGGUGACGCCACCGGAAUGUGCACAGUGCUGAAGGUGUGCUUCCAGGGGUGGACGAGGGAGGAAGUGCGCGCGGUGAUCGGGGAGGCGGGCACGGGGUGGUGCGCAUUGGAAGAGGUGCGGGACGACGAAGAGGUGGACUCCGUGGUGGACGAUGAUGCGCUCAGCGAUGUUGAGUCGCAGGCGCCGCUCCCGCCACCUGUCGCGAUGGACCCUGCGCAAUCGUUCGUACUGCCCACGCUCGACUUCUCGUCGUCGCAUCUCGAUGCCCGGUCUUCGGCGGCUACGACACCGUUUGACGAGAUCUUCCCCGCUUACUCUCGCGCAUCCUCUACCCCGCGUCGCUCGAAUACCGACUUGCACGACGUUGCCGCACCCUCAGACUGGUCGGACGUGCAUACGGACGCGGGUUCGGAGGACGAUGGCAGUUUGGCGGACUAUCUGUCCGACUCGGACGGCUUUUCGGACAUCGGCCACGGCUCGAGAGCGAGCUCUGGAGGGCUGGAGAGCUGGAGCAGGGUGUCGUUCAGCGGUGAUUUCCAGCGCAGGCUUGGCGCGGAGAGGAGCGCAUAUCUGUUCUGAUUAUUGAUUUGCGGACCGGAAAGCUGUGGUGCAGCCACUACGCUCUCUUGAUCUUUUUUGUUAGUAUGUAGAGUACAUGUGCUCGAUGGAUAUCUUUGACCUGUGCUAUAACUAAGCUGCUAUGUACGUGAA